CCACAAUCCUUUGCGUCCAGCCGCAGCGCAGCAGAGCCACAACGCGAGCGGCUAGCUGACGUUAGCUUAGAGAGAAAUAAACUGUUUAAGAUUUAAUAAUUAAUCUGCAGCCGGUCGCCACAAUGAAAGAUGUUACUGGGUUCCUCAAACAGCAGCAGAGCAACAGCUCCACGCCGGAGAUGGCGGCGGAGUGGCACACAUUGGAGGAGUAUCACAACAAAAGAUUGUGGCAUCAGUUGACUCUGAAGCUGACAGACUUUGUUAAAGAUCCUUGCUUCAAAACAGGAGAUGGUCUCAUACAGCUCUACGACAAUUUCAUCAGUGACUUUGAACACAGAAUCAACCCAUUGUCCCUCAUGGAGAUUAUUCUGUACGUCGCCAGACAGAUGCAAGAUCCUAAAGAUGCCAUCACUUUCCUCGAGAAGACCAGGGAAAAGGUGAAAAGCAACGACGAAGCCAUCAUUCUCUGCAAGACGUCUAUCGGCAGUCUUAAACUGGAGAUCAACGAUCUUCCUGCCACUAAGAAACUCAUCGAAGAGGUUGAGGAAAUGUUGAAUAACUUGCCCGGGGUGACGUCGGUCCACGGCCGGUUCUAUGACCUCUCUAGCAAAUACUACCGCAUCAUCGGGAACCACGCCUCCUACUACAAGGACGCCCUGCGCUACCUCGGAUGUGUGGACAUUAAAGACCUUCCAGAGACGGAGAAGCAGGAGAGGGCGUUCACACUGGGACUGGCUGGACUCUUGGGAGAAGGAGUUUACAACUUUGGAGAGCUGCUGAUGCAUCCUGUGCUGGAGACCCUGAGGAACACAGACAAACAGUGGCUUAUUGAUACACUAUACGCCUUCAAUGGAGGCAAUGUAGAGAAAUUCCAGGGCUUCAAGUCUGCCUGGGGCCAACAGCCUGAUCUUGCAACACAUGAAGCUAAACUGAUGCAGAAGAUCCAGCUGCUCUGCGUGAUGGAGAUGACUUUCACUCGUCCUGCAAACCACAGACAGCUCACCUUCACCGAGAUCGCUCAGAGUGCCAAAAUCCCCGUUAAUGAGGUGGAGCUGCUGGUGAUGAAGGCUCUGUCCGUGGGUCUGAUCAAAGGGAACAUUGAUGAGGUGGACCAGAAGGUGCAGAUGACCUGGGUGCAGCCCAGAGUGUUGGACCUGCAGCAGAUCAAAGGUAUGAAGGAGCGUUUGGACUUCUGGUGCGGCGACGUGAAGAACAUGGCGAUGCUGGUGGAGCAGCAGGCCCACGACAUCCUCACCUAAAGCUCUCGGUCCCGCAGAGGGAAACCUCCUCUUCAUCAACCGUUUUGUAUUUGUUUCUCUUUCUAUCUGAUAUUCUCUCUUCUGUUGCCGUCACUGUUUAUUACCAACUUGUAAAUUACGCUGUGGUAUUUUACAAAUAAACAAACUGGUUGUAACAUUAUUAUCCUCAACAUAUGGACAGAAAAUAUUGUCUGAAAUAUGAAUAAAAAUGGUAAAAGCCUAA